AUGCCUAACGACGACUCAUUCAGCAAGCCCUCUACACCGACGGAGGUCCCGCACGCUCCGGGGGCUCCGCCGCAGGGCAAAGCCGGCGGCUACAGCAAAGCGGCCGGGGCGAUGGAGGUAGAAGGGAGGCGCACGGACCAGUUUCACCCUGGCGGCGCGGGAAUGCGCUGCUCCCGGGGUUUUCUGGAAAAGUCCUUGUGGUGGGCGCGAGCGGAGCGUGUUCGCGCCUCUGUUGGCGCACUUUCCGGGUUCGCCCCGCGGACCCGGGUGGCCCUGAGAAGACAGCAGGCGCAGGAAGAAGAACUGGGCAUCAGCCACCCCAUCCCGCUGCCCAGUGCAGCUGAACUGCUCGUUAAGAGAGAGAAUAAUGCCAGCAACCCGUGCCUGAUGGCUGAGACCAGCAGCUCUGCCCAGCCUCCGCCAGCCAAUACUCCCACCUCUGCUGCCUCAGAGGGACGCAUGGUCAUCCAGGAUAUUCCUGCUGUCUCCAGCAGAGGGCAUGCGGAGAACGCACCGGACCUGGUGUCAGACCCUGCCUACUACAGCAGCUUUUACCAGCCAUCUCUGUUUCCUUACUACAACAACCUGUACAACUACCCGCAGUACUCCAUGGCUCUGUCUGCUGAGUCCUCCUCUGGGGAGGUGGGGAAUCCCCUUGGGGGAUCUCCUGUGAAGAACAGCCUGCGGAGUCUGCCAGCACCUUACGUGCCCGCGCAGACUGGAAACCAGUGGCAGAUGAAGAGCGCGGAGAGCCGUCACCCGGUGAGCUCCCAGUACCGGAUGCACUCAUACUAUGGGCCUCCCUCCUACCUGGGCCAGAGCGUGUCCCAGAUCUUCGCCUUUGAGGACGGCCCCUCCUACUCAGAAGCCAAAGCAAGUGUGUUCUCGCCGCCCAGCAGUCAAGAUUCUGGCUUGGUUUCCCUCUCCAGCAGCUCUCCGAUGAGCAACGAGAGCACGAAGGGAGUUCUGGAAUGCGAGUCUGGACCUUCUGAGCCCAGCAGCUACCCAGUCAACCAGGUCCUGGAAGACGACGACGACGAGUGAGCCGCAGGUCGGCGCGGUGCCCGCUGGGUAGUAGAAGGGUUUUCUGUUAUCGGCAGGGUUUGUUGUUAUUUGAUUUGAUUGUUUCCGUUCAGAAGUUUUGGUUCAUAUUCCUUAGAGUUAGGUUAAAACACUUGGAGCAGUGUAGGAUUCCAGACUACCGACUGCGAGAAUUAAGUGCCUGGCUCACCAAGUUUAAACAGUAAUCUCUCCUUCCCCACUCCUGCCCUCCACCCCUUCCUGAGAAACUAAUUGUCCGCACAACGCACAAGUUUAGUUACAAUUACAUGCUACUUUUGGAAUUAAAAUGAAAUCUUAAGUGCCUUAGAUUGUUAUAAAGUUUUCAGGAUUUUAAUGAAACCUAGAAAAUAUAAAUUUAGCCAAGUCCUUGACCAGAGAGAAGAGCAGGCAAAAUUACUUUAGAACUCUGCAGAAAGUAAAUGGGGACACUGUUUCUGUGUUGCUGUUGGAUAUAGCUGUAUCACACACUCCAAAUCCAAACAUAACUGAAAUACAGGGAGAGAAAACUAUUCAAGGCGUCAACACAACUUUUCCAGUAAAGGGUAACUUAAAAGCAGUACUACGUGAAAUAACCCGGCCAGGAAUUUCCUGGGUGGCGUUCCUAGAAUGAGUUUAACGUGUACAUUUUUUUUACUACAGGGGGAAAAAUGGACGCAAUCUAGACGGUUUUGUAACCUUAGGUUGUAAUCUGAGUGGAAAAUAAGUACAUCUUUAAAAGUUACCACUGAAAUUUGAGUUCAUUAUUUUGUUAAAAAUUGCUUUUGGAGUACUUCCUCAUGUUACAGAAGCCAUCGUGAGAUGAAACUAGUCUAAAAAAAUUAAUUGUGGUGUGUGGUUGCAGCUGUACCUGAAAUAAAAACGUUAUUGAUGACCGCAUUUUCUUGUGUGUAUAUUUGGGGAGCCGCAUUAAACAGGGAAAAAAGAAAUUACUUGUAUUUUUUUCGCUCGGUGCUUUGAAAACAUCUAUUUGAUUUCACCCCCAU